UCAGAAAAGAAUGUUGUUGGAGUCUGAUGAAUGGCUAUCGCAUAUGUGCAAAUACCUGCAGUUUAUUAUCAUGUUUUGCCAUGUAGAACAAUGUAAAACUCAGGGAAAAUGGUUUGUUUUAUAAAUGGUCACAUUUGUAAGGAUGAAAAUGUAAGUCUGUCUUAGAAGUAAAUGUUUGGUGUUUUUUUUAAGUUAUUUGUCUGUUUCAGGUUUUUAUAUAUAUAUAUAUAUAUAUAUAUAUAUAUAUAUAUAUAUAUAUAUAAUCUUUAAUUCAUUGGUUUUCAAGAGGAUCUGCUUAAAGUAAUUUUUUCCCUCUUUGAACAGGUAAAAAAAAAAAUAUUUUUUCCAUUCUUGCAAACUUAGGUGUGAGAGUCUCACUGCGUUCUAAUAUUCAGUUCUGUGGUUUGAACACAUUAUCUCUUCUGAGAAUUCACAAUGCAUAAUUGGUUUCAUUAAAGGUGUGAACGUUCGUAAUAAGCCAUCUCCACCCAGAUAACAUGAGUGAGAUUGACUACACCUUGUACAGUUUCCCAACUCAUGAGUCAUAUGGGAGUACAUGUGUGCAUAGUUAAAACUUUAACCCAUUCCUUUUGAUUUCCUCCCGUCAGUCUAGAAUUAGGGAGAGGUUUGUUAUUGUUAUGUCACCCUGCCUCCAAUACAGAACAGUCAGUGAUGCUGAAGCUUUACAAGGUAUGUGUUUGGCCAGAUCUGUGAGCUUGAGGUUAAACCAGUUUUUCCACUCUUGAAGUGUAUUACUUUCUGCAAUGAGAAUUCCAUAAACAGUAGGAAGAGAACAGAGGUAAACACGGUCUCAUCCUGUGGAAACUGUCUUCAGCAUAGCACAUUAUCACUGCUGAUACCGAACAAGGAUUUAAAAGCUCAUGGGAUACAAGAUGAUCAUGGGAGCACCUGGUACCUCUGCGAUUACGCAUGUUUAAAACAGAGGGUGUGGUUAAUAAGGUUUGAGUUUUGGAGGCUUUUCUUCACUGUAAAUAUAUACUUGUGAAAUGGCUCUUCAUCAAAGAAGCCUUUCUGACAGCCUGCUGCUUGAAGAUGAUAAUGUCUCUGGAAAGAGAUCGGAGUACACAGACCUGCACUUUCUUGAAGAUGAUGAAAUUGUGGGUGCCAGUGGUCAGUUUGAUCUGAAGAGGAAUAAACAAAAGAGAAAUGAAGUGGACAUUUUAAAGAUGAUUGAUAAUGACAAGAAGAUGAUGAAGCAUGGUUUGAAAUCCAGCAAGAGCUUGGAAAGUCUGGAUGUCAAAGCUCCAAAUGAGGUGUGGAAAGAUUCAUAUGACAAGCUCUUCGAUACUAAAGUCAGGAAAUUCAUGAAAGGAAAUAAAGCAGAUAAGGAAUACAGACCGGGGCCUGUGACAGCACAAACACUUGACCGCAAAAGCAAGAUAAACGUUGCAGCUUUACUUGAGAAUGCAGAUCGGAUGCGUCUCACUCCAUAUGAAUCAGAACCUGAUGAGAAAGCGGGGCCAUUCAAGAUCCAUUAUGAUACCAAUGAUUCUACAGGUGAAUACAACUCAGAUAUGUUACUACAAGGUUCUGACCUAAAGAGACCCAAAGCCAACAUUGCAAGUGAUGUUUCAUCGCAUCAGCCCAAAAUUAACUUGACUGAUGUUGGAAGUGAAAUCAACCUACAGGGUCGAACAUACACAAAUCCAGACAUAAAUGUUGGUAUUAGUACACCAGAUUCAAAUCUUACACUGCCAAAUACCCAAGGAACUCCUGUGAUGCACCUCACAAAAGGUCAUUUUAAAGGCCCAAAUGCAGUGCUUAAUUCCUCUGAUAUGGAUAUGGAUGUACCAUCAAUUCAUGUCAAGAAGCCAAAAUUUAAACUGCCAAAGUUUAACUUCUCUGGAAACAAGAAAACGGACAUCAAUUAUGAUGGAAAUAUGAAGGGGUCAAAAAUAUCGUUAUCAUCCCCUGAAGGAGCAGCAGGCCUUAAUGGUUCUGGUAUACAAAUUGAUGGACCAAAGGCUGAUUUCAGUGGUCUGAAAACAAACCUUCCAGACAUAGACAUGCCAUCUGGAAAACUGAAAACACCCACUUUCAGCAUGCCGGAUUUUGAUCUGUCAGGACCCAAAAUGAAGAUGCCUGACUAUGAUCUGAAGACCCCUGAAAUGGAUCUGUCAGCUCCAAAGUUUAAGGCAGACUUUGAUUCACCAGACAUCAACAUCAGAGGUCAUAAGCCAGAUAUCACAGCCCCAGACAUGGAUUUUGAUAUUACUAAAGCCACAUUUAAAGGACCAAAUUUCAAGAAACCCAAUCUUGACAUGAAUGCACCUGACCUUGACAUAAAUGCCCCUUCAGGUAAACUGAAGCUGCCAAAAUUUGGCAUCUCUGGAAGCAAGGCAGAAGGACCUGAUCUUAAAAUCAAAUCUCCAGACCUGAACCUCAAAAGCCCUAAAAUUAAGGGAGGAAUAGAUACCCAAGACAUGGAUCUGAAUCUGCCUCAAUCUGAUUUGAAAGGCCCAAGCCUAGAUAUCAAAUCACCUGAUAUUAAUGGCCCUUCAGGUAAAUUUAAUAUGCCAAAGCUAAAGAUGCCCAGUUUUGGCCUGUCAGGUUUGAAAGGGCCCCAUAUGAAUGUGGAUGCUGACAUUGAUAAGCCUGAUCUUAAUCUGCAAGCAUCAACUCCAACACUAAAUGCAGGGAUAAAUGGUCCUGACAUUGAUAUUCAUGGACCUAAUGCUGACCUCAAAGGUCCGAAAACAGACCUUACACUUCCUGACAUGGACAUGCCAUCUGGAAAAAUGAAAAUGCCCACUUUCAAGAUGCCUGAUUUUGGUCUCUCAGGACCCAAAAUAAAGACGCCUGACUAUGAUCUGAAGACCCCUGAAAUGGAUCUGUCAGCUCCAAAGAUAAAGGCAGACUAUGAUUCCUCAGACAUCAACAUUAAAGGUCAUAAGCCAGAUAUCACAGCACCUGACAUGAAUGUUAAUUUCCCUAAAGGUAAAAUUAAAGGACCAAAUUUAAAGACACCCAAUCUUGACAUGAACACACAUGACCUCGACAUAAAUGCCCCUUCAGGUAAACUGAAGCUGCCAAAAUUUGGCAUCUCUGGAAGCAAGCCAGAAGGACCUGAUCUUAAAAUCAAAUCUCCAGACCUAAAUCUCAAAAGCCCCAAAAUUAAGGGAGGAAUUGAUACCCCAGACAUGGAUCUGACUCUGCCUCAGUCUAAUUUGAAAGGCCCAAACCUAGAUAUCAAAUCACCUGAUAUUGAUGUUAAUGGCCCAUCAGGUAAAUUUAAUAUGCCAAAGUUAAAGAUGCCCAGUUUUGGCCUGUCAGGUUUAAAAGGGCCACAUAUGAAUGUGGAUGCUAACAUUGGUCAGCCAGACCUCAAUCUGAGUGCAUCAACUCCCAAACUAAAUGCAGGGAUAAAUGGUCCUGACAUUGACAUUCAUGGACCUAAUGCUGAUCUCAAAAGUCCAAAAACAGGCCUUAAACUUCCUGACAUGGACAUAGCGUCUGGAAAAAUGAAAACACCCACUUUCGAGAUGCCUGAUUUUGGUCUCUCAACACCCAAAAUCAAGGCGCCAGACUAUGAUCUGAAGACUCCUGAAAUGGAUCUCUCAGCUCAAAAGUUUAAGGCAGACUUUGAUUCCCCUGACUUCAACAUUAAAGGCCAUAAGCCAGAUAUCACAGCACCUGAUAUGAAUGUUGAAUUCCCUAAAGGUAAAAUUAAAGGACCAAAUUUCAAGAAACCCAAUCUUGACAUGAAUGCACCUGACCUCAACAUAAAUGCCCCUUCAGGUAAACUGAAGUUUCCAAAAUUUGGCUUCUCAAGUAGCAAGCCAAAGGGACCAGAUCUUAAAAUCAAAUCUCCAGACCUAAAUCUCACAAGUCCCAAAAUUAAGGGAGGAAUCGAUACUCCAGACAUGGAUCUGACUCUGCCUCAAACUGAUUUUAAAGGCCCAAACCUAGAUGUCAAAUCACCUGAUAUUGAUGUUAAUGGCCCAUCAGGUAAAUUUAAUAUGCCAAAGUUAAAGAUGCCCAGUUUUGGCCUGUCAGGUUUAAAAGGGCCCCAUAUGAAUGUGGAUGCUGACAUUGAUAAGCCUGACCUUAGUCUGAAAGCAUCAACUCCCACACUAAAUGCAGGGAUAAAUGGUCCUGACAUUGACAUUCAUGGACCUAAUGCUGAUCUGAAAAGUCCAAAAACAGUCCUUAAACUUCCUGACAUGGACUUACCAUCUGGAAAAAUGAAAAUGCCCACUUUCGAGAUGCCUGAUUUUGGUCUCUCAACACCCAAAAUCAAGACGCCUGACUAUGAUCUGAAGACCCCUGAAAUGGAUCUGUCAGCUCCAAAGUUUAAGGCAGACUUUGAUUCCCCUGAUUUCAACAUUAAAGGCCAUAAGCCAGAUAUCACAGCACCUGAUAUGAAUGUUGAUUUCCCUAAAGGUAAAAUUAAAGGACCAAAUUUCAAGAAACCCAAUCUUGACAUGAAUGCACCUGACCUCAACAUAAAUGCCCCUUCAGGCAAACUGAAGUUUCCAAAAUUUGGCUUCUCAAGUAACAAGCCAAAGGGAACAGAUCUUAAGAUCAAGUCUCCAGACCUGAAUCUCACAAGUCCCAAAAUUAAGGGAGGAAUCGAUACACCAGACAUGGAUCUGACUCUGCCUCAAACUGAUUUUAAAGGCCCAAACCUAGAUAUCAAAUCACCUGAUAUUGAUGUUAAUGGCCCUUCAGGAAAAUUUAAUAAGCCAAAGCUAAAGAUGCCCAGUUUUGGCCUGUCAGGUUUGAAAGGGCCACACAUGAAUGUGGAUGCUGACAUUGAUCAGCCUGACCUUAAUCUGAGUGCAUCAACUCCCAAACUAAAAGCAGGAAUAAAUAGUCCUGAUAUUGAUGUACAUGGACCUAAUGUAGAUCUCAGAGGUCCAAAUACAGAUCUUACACUUCCAGACAUUGACAAGCCUUCUGGAAAAAUGAAAAUGCCCACUUUAAAGAUGCCUAAGUUUGGUAUAUCAGGACCAAAAAUAAAGACGCCAGACUAUGAUUUGAAGACCCCUGAAAUGGAUUUGUCAGCUCCAAAGUUUAAGGCAGACUUUGAUUCCCCAGAUAUCAACAUUGGUGGUCAUAAGCCAGAUAUCACAGCACCUGAUAUGAAUGUUGAUUUCCCUAAAGGUAAAAUUAAAGGACCAAAUUUCAAGAAACCCAAUCUUGACAUGAAUGCACCUGACCUCAACAUAAAUGCCCCUUCAGGCAAACUGAAGUUUCCAAAAUUUGGCUUCUCAAGUAGCAAGCCGAAAGGACCAGAUCUUAAAAUCAAAUCUCCAGACCUGAAUCUCAAAAGCCCCAAAAUUAAGGGAGGAAUCAAUACCCCAGACAUGGAUCUGACUCUGCCUCAAACUGAUUUAAAUGGUCCAAACCUUGAUAUCCAAUCACCUGAUAUUGAUGUCAAAGGCCCUUCAGGUAAAUUGCACAUGCCAAAGAUGCCCAGUUUUGGCCUGUCAGGUUUGAAAGGGCCACACAUGAAUGUGGAUGCUGAUAUUGAUCAGCCUGACCUUAAUCUGAGUGCAUCAACUCCCAAACUAAAAGCAGGAAUAAAUGGUCCUGAUAUUGAUGUACAUGGACCUAAUGUAGAUCUCAGAGGUCCAAAUACAGAUCUUACACUUCCAGACAUUAACAAGCCUUCGGGAAAAAUGAAAAUGCCCACUUUAAAGAUGCCCAAGUUUGGUGUAUCAGGACCAAAAAUAAAGACACCAGACUAUGAUUUGAAGACCCCUGAAAUGGAUUUGUCAACGCCAAAGUUUAAGGCAGACUUUGAUUCCCCAGAUAUCAACAUUGGUGGUCAUAAGCCAGAUAUCACAGCACCUGAUAUGAAUGUUGAUUUCCCUAAAGGUAAAAUUAAAGGACCAAAUUUCAAGAAACCCAAUCUUGACAUGAAUGCACCUGAUCUCAAAAUAAAUUCCCCUUCAGGUAAACUGAAGUUUCCAAAAUUUGGCUUCUCAAGUAGCAAGCCGAAAGGACCAGAUCUUAAAAUCAAAUCUCCAGACCUGAAUCUCAAAAGCCCCAAAAUUAAGGGAGGAUUCGAUACCCCAGACAUGGAUCUGACUCUGCCUCAAACUGAUUUAAAUAGUCCAAACCUUGAUAUCCAGUCACCUGAUAUUGAUGUCAAAGGCCCUUCAGGUAAAUUCCACAUGCCAAAGAUGCCCAGUUUUGGCCUGUCAGGUUUGAAAGGGCCACACAUGAAUGUGGAUGCUGACAUUGAUCAGCCUGACCUUAAUCUAAAUGCAUCAACUCCCAAACUAAACGCAGGAAUAAAUGGUCCUGAUAUUGAUGUACAUGGACCUAAUGUAGAUCUCAGAGGUCCAAAUACAGAUUUUACACUUCCGGACGUUGACAAGCCUUCUGGAAAAAUGAAAAUGCCCACUUUAAAGAUGCCUAAGUUUGGUGUAUCAGGACCAAAAAUAAAGACGCCAGACUAUGAUUUGAAGACCCCUGAAAUGGAUUUGUCAACUCCAAAGUUUAAGGCAGACUUUGAUUCCCCAGACAUCAACAUUGGUGGUCAUAAGCCAGAUAUCACAGCACCUGAUAUGAAUGUUGAUUUCCCUAAAGGUAAAAUUAAAGGACCAAAUUUCAAGAAACCCAAUCUUGACAUGAAUGCACCUGACCUCAAUAUAAAUGCCCCUUCAGGUAAACUGAAGUUUCCAAAAUUUGGCUUCUCAAGUAGCAAGCCGAAAGGACCUGAUCUUAAAAUCAAAUCUCCAGACCUGAAUCUCAAAAGCCCCAAAAUUAAGGGAGGAAUCGAUACCCCAGACAUGGAUCUGACUCUGCCUCAAACUGAUUUAAAUGGUCCGAACCUAGAUGUCAAAUCACCUGAUAUUGAUGUUAAUGGUCCUUCAGGUAAAUUUAAUAUGCCAAAGCUAAAGAUGCCUAGUUUUGGCCUGUCAGGUUUGAAAGGGCCACACAUGAAUGUGGAUGCUGACAUUGAUCAGCCUGACCUUAAUCUGAGUGCAUCAACUCCCAAACUAAAUGCAGGGAUAGAUGGUCCUGACAUUGACAUUCAUGGACCUAAUGCUGAUCUCAAAGGUCCGAAAACAGACUUUACAUUUCCUGACAUGAACAUGCCAUCUGGAAAAAUGAAGAUGCCCACUUUAAAGAUGCCCAAGUUUGGUGUCUCAGGACCAAACAUAAAGACACCGGACUAUGAUCUGAAGACCCCUGAAAUGGAUCUGUCAGCUCCAAAGUUUAAGGCAGACUUUGAUUCCCCUGACUUCAACAUUAAAGGCCAUAAGCCAGAUAUCACAGGCCCAGACAUAAAUGGUAAAUUUAAAGGACCAAACUUGAAGACACCCAAUCUUGACAUGAAUGCACCUGACCUCGACAUCAGUGCCCCUUCAGGUAAACUGAAGCUUCCAAAAAUUGGCUUCUCGGGUAGCAAACCAAAAGGGCCCAAUUUUAAUAUCCAAUCUCCAGACCUGAAUCUUAAAAGCCCCAAAAUUAAGGGAGGAAUUGAUACCCCAGACAUGGAUCUGACUCUGCCUCAAGCUGAUUUAAAAGGCCCAAACCUAGGUCUCAAAUCACCUGAUAUUGAUGUUAAUGGUCCUUCAGGUAAAUUUAAUAUGCCAAAGCUAAAGAUGCCCAGUGUUGGCCUGUCAGGUUUGAAAGGGCCACAUAUGAAUAUGGAUGCUGACUUUGAUCAGCCUGACCUUAAUCUGAGUGCAUCAACUCCCAAACUAAAUGCAGGGUUAAAUGGUCCUGAUAUUGAUGUACAUACACCUAAAGCUGAUUUCAAGGGUCCAAACACCAACCUUUCAUUUCCAGACAUGAACAUGCCAUCUGGAAAAAUGAAAAUGCCCACUUUCAAGAUGCCUGAUGUUGGUUUCUCAGGACCCAAAAUCAAGACACCAGACUAUGAUCUGGAGACCUCUAAAAUGGAUCUGUCAGCUCCAAAGUUUAAGGCAGACUAUGAUUCGCCAGAUAUUACAGCCCCAGACAUGAAUGUUGAUUUCCCUAAGGGUAAAAUGAAUAGACCAAAUUUCAAGAAACCCAAUCUUGAUUUGAACACUCCAGACUUUGACAUUGAUGCACCUUCAGGUAAACUGAAGCUGCCAAAGGUGGGCCUCUCAGGCAGCAAGCUAGAAGGACCUGAUCUUAAAAUCAAAUCUCCAAAGUUGAAUCUCAAAAGCCCCAAAAUGAAGGGAAGAUUUGAUACCCCAGACAUGCCUCAGUCUGAUUUGAAAGGCCCAAACCUUGAUAUCAAAUCACCUGAUAUUGAUGUUAAUGGCCCUUCAGGAAGAUUUAAUAUGCCACAGUUAAAGAUGCCAAGUUUUGGCCUGUCAGGUUUGAAAGGGCCACAUAUGAAUGUGGAGGCUGACAUUGAUCAGCCUGACCUUAAUCUGAAGAAAUCAGCUCCCAUACUAAAGGGUGGGAUUAAUCAUCCUGAUAUUGACAUUUAUGGACCUAACGCUGAUCUUAAAGGUCCAAGAACAGAUCUUACACUUCCAGACAUGCACAUGCCAUCUGGGAAAAUGAAGAUACCUGAUAUUGGUUUCUCAGGACCCAAAAUAAAGACACCUGACUAUGAUCUAAAGAGCCCUAAAAUGGAUCUCUCAGCGCCAAAGAUUAAGACUGAUUUUGAUUCCCCAGACUUCAAUAUCAGUGGUCAUAAGCCAGAUAUCACAGCCCCAGAUAUGAGUGUUAAUUUCCCUAAAGGUAAAAUUAAAGGACCAAAUGUUAAGAAACCCAAUCUUGAUGUGAAUGCACCAGACUUUGACAUUGACGCUCCUCCUGGGAAACUGAAACUCUCAGGAAACAUGCCAGAAGGACCAGAUCUUAAAUUCAGCUCUCCAAAUAUGAAUCUCAAAACCCCCCGAAUUAAAGGAGGAAUUGAUAGCCCUGACUUUCAAGGCCUGGGAUCUGAUGUUGAUUUUGGUGCCUAUACACAAAUACAUACUAACAAUUUUGCCGUCCCAAGAGGUAAAAUAAAGGCAGCCAAAACAAAUGAUCUUGAUGCUAUUAGAAUACCGACUCAUCAGAAAUAUGGUGCCUCAGAACUUAACAUGCAGGACCCCUAUUUUGACUUGAACAGGGACAUGAAAUUUUCAGGAAAAGCCCAGUGGCCUACAAUGCAAAAACAUCUCUCCGGCUCACCUGAUAUUACAAUGGCUUUACCCACCUCAAAGACCAGAAUCUCUGGUGUACAUCCAACAUCAUCAGAUGUUUACUACAGUGAUAUGUCUGGGGCACUCAGGUCAAGAGAUCAUAAAAUAAAAGCAAGUAACUUUGAUAUGGAUGACAACUGGAACAAUAUAUCAGUGCCUAGACUUCAAGUUUCAAGAAGUAGAGAGAAUUUGGCUUUGAGAAAUUCAAAUAUGGGAAUGAGUACCAUGCAAAGAUCACCCCAUAUGGGAGGUAAUGCAGGUUAUUAUAAGAAAAAACAUAUGGUUCCUGGACGUCAUUACACUACUGAUGACAUAUGCUACACUUACAAAGGGAUGCCUAGAAAAGAUGGAUGGGGAAAUGGGCAAGCUGACUCUAGUCGCAGACAGACAUUGAGACGUCUGCAAAUACAUGCAAUGGAUUUGGAGGUUCCAGAAAGCACAUUGAAAGGGUCAAAAUUCAACGUUCUUAAACUAAUAUAGUAGGAUAAAUAAAAGGAAAAGACAUGAGAGACAAGAAUGAGCUUGUCCUUGGUAAUCAUGUUUACAGAGCUGUUAGUGGGCUGGUUAGUGGGCCUGUUUGUAUAAAACACUUCAAGUAGAUACUGUAAGUGGGGUUGAGCAAACUUAACACUGAUGAACAAACCUUAUAGAGAUGUUAUUUUGGAAUACAUAAACUUGCCCUUAUCAUAGAUCAUUAGACUCCAUAAAAAAACGUUCCAAGUAUAGUUUCUAAAUCUUUUUUUUUUUUUUUUUUAUGUAUAAUGACAAUAUUAUGUGGAGCUUGCCUGAUUGAAUAUUGUAUUUAUAUAUUUUGUAAAUAAUGUAAAAUGCUACAGUAAUGUAUAAAUACAAUGUGGAUGAGUUAUACAUUGAGCAAAAAGGUUUUGUCUGGAAAAUAGUGUGUCUGGUGAAUGUCUUGUUUCUUGCCAUCUUUUUUUAGAUACUCAUCUAUCUCAUGUUUUUAGCAUUGUUAUGCUCAGUGAUAUAUUAAGGACUGGGGGGAUUUGUUUUGAAGGAUGUACAUAAAUAAUUUGUGAAAUAUUCAUUCUAACAUUGUUGCUACAUCUUCUGUUGAUAUACAAAAGUUGUUGUUUUUUUUAUUAUAGAAUACUUCAGAUGUUAUGUGAUUGAAAUAAACAAAAUAUAUACCA